AUGGAGCGGAUCCUCAAGUCCGCCAGGGAGUCGGGCUCCCUCAACCUCUCCAAUCGCUCCCUCAGGGAGAUACCCAAGGAGGUGUACAACAACUUGGACACGGGCAGCCAGGAUGAGAAAUGGUGGGAGGGAGUGGACCUCCAAAAGCUCAUCCUGGCUCACAAUAACCUUGAGGUGUUAAGAGAAGACCUUAGAAACCUAUCUUCUCUUGUUGUUUUAAAUAUAAGCCACAACAAGAUAUCUUCCCUUCCAGCAGCUAUCGGAGAUCUUCCGUUGCUAAAAUCACUGGACAUAUCUUUCAAUCAAAUAAACACUCUGCCCGAAGAGAUUGGCCUGGCUACUUCUUUAGUCAAGGUUGAUUUCUCAAAUAAUUGCCUUACUGACAUUCCACCUAGCCUUGCCAAAUGCCCGGACUUGUCCGAACUCAAGGCAUCAAACAACAACAUAUCCAGAAUACCAGAUGUACUUGCUGGCUGUUCCAAGUUAAGUAAAUUGGAUCUAGAGGGUAACAAGCUUGUGACGCUUUCUGAAAACAUGUUUGUCUCAUGGACAAUGCUCACAGAGUUGAAUCUCGCAAAAAAUCUGCUUACAGCCAUCCCAGGUAGCGUUGGAGCACUUCCAAAACUAAUCCGCCUAGACAUGCAUCAGAAUAAAAUAACAUCAAUUCCUCCUUCCAUAAAGGGUUGCUCUUCACUAGCCGAGUUCUAUAUGGGAAAUAACUUAUUGUCUUCAAUACCAGCUGAUAUUGGCACAUUAUCAAAAUUAGGCAUACUUGAUCUCCAUUCUAAUCAGCUAAAGGAGUAUCCAGUUGGAGCCUGCAACCUCAAAUUAUCUUUCCUCGAUCUAUCAAAUAACUCAUUAUCUGGUCUACCAGCUGAACUAGGUAAAAUGACUACCCUAAGAAAGCUUCUGCUUACUGGAAAUCCUAUGAGGACACUUAGGAGUUCAUUGGUUUCUGGACCAACAACAACAUUGCUGAAGUAUCUGCGCAGCCGGCUUUCAUCUGAUGAGGAAGCAUCAGGAUCCGGAAGCACCCCGACUAAAGAUGACCAAAUUGCUGCAGCAAGGCGAUUGUCCUUAUCUUCAAAGGAACUGGACUUGAGUGGUCUUGGUGUGACCAGUGUACCAGCUGCGGCAUGGGAGACAAGUGAUGUGGUAAAACUGGAUCUUUCUAAAAAUUCAAUAGAAGAUCUACCAAAUGAGUUGUCAUUAUGCUCAUCACUUCAAUCCUUAGUUUUGUCUAAUAACAAGAUAAAAAGGUGGCCUCGCACAGUGGUUUCCUCCCUUACCAGUUUGUCUUCCUUAAAGCUGGACAAUAACCCCUUGGUAGAGAUAUCAUCCACUGAUCUUGCGUCUCUGUCCAAACUGGAAGUACUUGAUCUAAGUGGCAAUGCUUCAGCACUUCCUGAACCUUCUGCAGUUUCCGCAUUACCACAGCUGCAGGAGCUCUACCUAAGACGAAUGAAACUCCAUGAAUUUCCUAAUGGUUUGUUGGGCUUAAAACAGCUUCGGAUUCUUGACCUAAGUCAGAAUAACCUUACAACUGUGCCGGAGGGCAUCAAGAAUUUCACUGCUCUCAUUGAGCUUGAUCUGUCAGACAACAAUAUAACAGCACUCCCAGCAGAGCUGGGAUUACUUGAAGCUAAUUUGCAAGUGUUGAAACUGGAUGGAAAUCCACUAAGAAGCAUAAGACGAACUCUGUUGGAGCGAGGAACGAAAGCAAUUCUCAAGUACCUCAAAGAAAAAUUGCCCGCUGAAUAA